AUUUUUUUAUCAGAUUGAAUCAAUAUUUGAGGGGAAGGCUUGCUCUGGGAUGCGGAAUUCUGCAUUUACUUUGACAAGGCACUUGGCACAAACUGCACAAGAGACGUUUGGUGAUUUUCAGGAAGCUGUUGAAAAGGAUGCUUCAAAAACAUUUAUUGCUGAUGGAACUGUCCACCCAUUGACCAGCUAUGUCAUCAACUAUGUGAAGUUUCUGUUUGACUAUCAGGCGACACUCAAGCAACUUUUUCAGGAGUUUGGACCAGGAGAUGGGGCAAGCUCUCAGCUGGCGUCUAUAACUAUGCGAAUUAUGCAAGCUCUUCAGAGGAAUUUGGAUGUGAAAUCCAAGAUGUACAAAGAUACUGCUUUGCAGUAUUUAUUUCUUAUGAAUAACAUCCAUUACAUUGUUAAAUCUGCACGGAGGUCAGAAGCAAAAGACUUAUUGGGUGAUGAUUGGAUCCAGAGACAUCGUAGGAUUGUACAACAGAAUGCAAAUCAAUAUCGAAGGGUUGCUUGGUCAAAGAUAUUGCAGACCCUCUCAGCCCAAGGUCUGUCUUCGUCGGGAGGUAGUGGUGUGCCAGGGAUUGAAGGUGGUGGUAGCAGUGGUUUGGUUCCAAAAGCUAUACUGAAGGAUAGGUUCAAAUCGUUCAACAUGCAGUUUGAGGAGCUAUGCAUGAGACAAUGUGAGUGGACAGUACCUGAUCAAGAGUUGCGUGAAUCAUUGAGGCUUGCAGUCGCUGAGGUUCUCUUACCGGCAUAUCGAUCUUUCUUAAAACGGUUUGGGCCGCUGCUCGAGAAUGGAAAGAAUCCGUCAAGAUACAUCAAAUAUAGUCCAGAAAAUCUUGAGACAAAGUUGGGCGAAUUGUUCGAGGGGCAGUCAGCAGCAGCAAAGACAACGACAGAGACCAGGCGAUAAAUUCUGUACAAACUACGAGUUCUUUGAACAGAUCAUAUUACUUCCUGAGUAGAUGCACAUGUUGCUUUCAUAAAAGCGACGCUCAGUUUUUUUAGCUCCUGUACGUUGCCUUCGCCUGUCUCAUUUGACAGAUUCGGCGGCCCGGAUCUUAAAACCAGCGUCGGCUCUUUUUUCGUUUCUAUAGACGCGCAAUUGCGUACAUUUUAUACGGGCAGAGCUGUAAAUGAACUGGACGGCUGUGAAUUAUAUUUAUUGGUGUAUGU